UUUAGAAAUAUCGCCUUAGAUAACUCUGUAUGUCUGCUUGAAAAAAAAUUAAGGAACCCCAAUGCGACCUUCUCCCUUCCCCAAAACAAGGAUGUUGGACUACCAAGGCGAAAAAUGCCAAUCAAAUAAUCGAAAUUACAAAACUGCAGAGAUUUUCAACAUGGAGAGCACGGGACCAAGUCUCCAAGUCAUGAGUAAUGAAGAGUCCAGUUGGCGAGUGUUCAAGACUUUGCUCACAUUUACAAUAAUGAUGAUCACCCUCCCUGUUGGGAUGUACUUUGUCAGCAAAAACAUGGUGUUCGAAGGUAUGCUGGGUGUGGAGACCAGCCGUGCCCUUAUCUAUUCUGCAGGGGUGGCAGUCUUGAUGGUGCAUAUAAUAUUAGGAUUAUUCAUAUAUGUUGCAUGGACAGAAGGAGGGAAACCUCCACAAGAAAGGGAAUACAAAUUGGACUAACUGUAGAUGCAGUCUUCUCAUAGUCCACGCAUUGGAAACUACCAUAUAUCAUGUAUAUAAUAAAUCAACUGUCAUUAUGCAUGUAUAUAAAGUACAGACAGCCAAUAUUAUAUAUUGAGACUGAAUAUUAAACUUGGGGAACCAGGGAUUAUGGUGUCACAUGGGAGUUGAAUGGAUGUGGUAAACCUGUAUAUUGUGAACCUGUUUUGGUGUCAGUUUAGAUGUUGAUAACAUUAGCAAAAGAACAGCUAAUGAUGCGAUAAAAAGAGCAGAGAUGGUCUUUUAAUGUUGCAGUAUAGUAUUGACAUAGCAACAAGGGCUCAAAACAAGUGCUGGAACAAUGUAUCUAAAUUGUAACUGACUCUUUAAAGUUUAAAAUCAGCACUGGUAUAAGCUGCUCACUUGACAAGCUGUGUUUACUGAAAAGUUGUAUUGACACUGUCAACAACGAUUACUCCGGUGAUCUAGCAGAACUUUUGUUGUCUCAAAAAAGUUGUCAUUGUGGUAUGCGUAGGUUUCUUUUCCAUGUCUUGUAGAUAAUGUUUCGUCUUUAUAUAAAAGAUACCUUUACUGGAUGAAGCACAUUGAUUUUCUGAAAUGUUUAUGCAACAACUCAGUGUUGCAAUGUUUUAUGUUUAAUACAUGUAUAGUGUGUAUAUUAAAUUGCCAUCUCAGAUAAUCUUUUCAGGGAUAGGAUAGAAUGUGAUUUGUUCUCUUAGCUUUGACACAUACAAAAUACUUGCCCAUUCAGGACAUGCACUUUCCUUCGAUUACACUUUUUUUUUUGCAACUAAGCACACUAGACUUAAAUCCCAUGCCAUUAGCAAGAUGUCAGAUAUUAUUUACCAUGCAAACUAUUGAUGGAAAGUAUGUGCAUGUUCUUAUGUUUUCUUGUAAUGUUCAAAUACUAGUGUGAAUUGAUAUAAAAUGGAAAGAACAUUUCAGGAUGUCAUGGAACUUUUUAUUUGUAUUUACUCUGAAUAAAUGUGGCAAUACAUUCUUAAUAUUUUAUUAACUUCUAACUUAAAAAAAAA